GCUGAAGCAAGACUUGCAGCAAAGCGAGCGGCACGGGCAGAGGCGCGGGAGAUCCGGAUGAAGGAACUGGAGAGGCAGCAGAAAGAGAUCUACCAAGUUCAGAAGAAAUAUUAUGGUCUGGAUACUAAAUGGGGAGACAUCGAGCAAUGGAUGGAAGACAGUGAGCGUUAUUCCCGUAGAGCCAGAAGAAACGCCUCGGCUUUGGAUGAAGAUGAGCGCAUGUCAGUGGGUAGCCGUGGAAGCCUCAGGUCUCAUUUGGAACAUGCCAACACCUAUCCAGUGGCUGGAUUAGAGAAUGAGAGGACCAAAAAGAAGAACUACUCCAAAGCAUUGCUUGGCUGUCAGAGGAGAAAAUCUAGCAGGGCUUCGUACUACUCUGAUCUGGGUCUCCACAACAGCGGCUAUGCUUCCACAUCUCAGCCUUCAUCCCAAAGUGGAAAUUGGGCGUCUGUGUAUGACGAGAACGUUUACGGUGGGAUUCGUCGGUAUAGUGCCUCUAGUUCUCGCGCUCCUUCUGACUACAGUUGUUACCUUGGGUCAGGAUCUCGGGCAUCCUCAAGAGCCAGCUCUGCUCGGGCCAGUCCAGUGAUUGAGGAAAGGCCAGAAAAAGACUUUGAGAAGGGAGCACGCACUGUCUCAAGUUUAUCAGCAGCUACCUUAGCUUCUCUGGGUGGGACUUCUUCACGAAGAGGCAGUGGGGAUACGUCCAUCUCUGCCGAUACAGAGGCAUCUAUUAGAGAAAUAAAGGAUAUCUAUGAGUUAAAGAACCAGAUUCAGGAUGUAGAAGGCAAAUACAUGCAGGGACUGAAAGAAAUGAAGGACUCUCUAGCCGAAGUUGAAGAGAAAUAUAAGAAGGCUAUGGUGUCAAACGCUCAACUGGACAAUGAAAAAACAAAUUUCAUGUACCAAGUGGAUACCCUGAAGGAUGCGCUCUUAGAGUUGGAGGAACAGCUGGCAGAGUCCAGGCGGCAGUACGAAGAAAAAAGUAAAGAAUUUGAGAGGGAGAAGCAUGCUCAUAGCAUAUUGCAAUUUCAGUUCAUGGAAAUCAAAGAGGCUUUGAAGCAAAGAGAAGAAAUGCUUGCAGAAAUCCAACAGCUGCAACAGAAACAGCAGAGCUAUGUCAGGGAAAUUUCUGAUCUUCAGGAGACAAUAGAGUGGAAAGACAAAAAAAUAGGGGCGUUAGAGAGGCAGAAAGAUUUCUUUGAUUCCCUAAGGAGUGAGCGGGAUGACCUUAGAGAUGAAGUGGUUGUGCUGAAGGAGCAACUGAAGAAACAUGGAAUAAUCCCAGAUUCUGAUGUAGCCACCAACGGGGAGACAUCAGACGUUCUUGAUAACAAAGAACACUUGGAUUCUUCCAAAACUGUUCCAGGCAUAACUCAGGCAUUGAAGACUGGAGGGGAUGGGAUGUUAGACAGGCUGAAAAAACUCAUUGACGAACGAGAAUCCUUACUAGACCAGGUUAAAAAAUUAAAAGGACAACUGGAAGAAAAGCAAAAGAAUGGCAAGAUGGAAAAUAUGCAGUCAGAAGAUGAAGUUCUGGAAAAUGGGACAGAUAUGCACAUGAUUGACCUCCAAAGAGAUGCCAACAGACAGAUCAGUGAUCUCAAAUUUAAACUAGCAAAGUCCGAGCAAGAGAUAACAGCACUGGAGCAGAAUGUAAUACGACUGGAAGGUCAGGUAGCCCGAUACAAAACUGCUGCUGAAAAUGCUGAAAGAGUAGAAGAUGAACUGAAAGCAGAGAAACGCAAACUACAGAGAGAGCUUCGUUCAGCAUUGGAUAAAACUGAAGAGCUUGAAGUCAGCAAUGGUCAUCUAGUAAAACGCUUGGAGAAGAUGAAAGCCAAUCGGAGUGCUUUGCUGUCUCAGCAAUAACCACCACCUUUCAAUGGAAACCACUACUACGUGACAGAAGCAGAACAACGUUGCAGAUGCUUCUGUCUCUUGCUGUCUGGGAUGCUUCGUGUCAUGCCUUCUGAGAACAAACAACCCCAACAUUUGCUGCGUGCCACCCAGCUGAGGUUCUCUCUACGCAUUCAAACCUACUGCACUAUAUACAUAGGGGUAGCUGAUCCAAAUGGCUGUGCCUGUGGGAGCCCUUCUACACCGAUCAGUGGGUAUAUUUGAAGUACAAUAUCCAUCUAUAAGAAGCACUUCAGGCAUUGUGUUAAGUUCUAGAAGGCAGAGCAGCCUUUUAUUGCCAUUUAAAAUGGCAUUCAAAGAGAACAUUUUAACU